UUCUCUGACAGUAAUCUAGUGAGACUCCCUGCGAGGAUAGAUCGAUCUAAAAGCUCUGGGAAUACAGCCUUAGUAAUGUAUUAUAAAAGCAGUACAUGGGCAUGAUAAUUAGACUUCCAAGUAUAAUUCCAAAUCUCUUCUUCAUUAUUGCCAGCAUUACUAUCCGGACUGUAACAUGGAAGUAUAGAGAUGCAAUAGCCAAGGCACAAAGUCUUAAGCUGGGGAUUGACGCGGAGGCAGCUGCUCUGCUUGAACUUGAUUUUCUGGCUCGUGUGAACCAGUUCCCAAACUUAUAUGGCGGGCCUGUAGUCAGACGUGCCAUUCAGCGAUAUGAGGAAUUAUGGUUGCCACUUGCUGCAAGGCUCAAAGGCCAAAAGAUUGCCGCUCCUCUUGAUGUUGCCUGGGUAUGGCACUGCCACAUGCUGUCCCCCCUCAAAUACAGAGAGGAUUGCAUGGCACUUGUUAACUCAGUCAUAUGCCACCGUCUGCUCAGUGACCAAGAGAGAGGUGAUUGUUUGCUGAAGACUAAAGGUUUCUGGAUACAGGAAUAUGGUCCAGAUGUCCCAUUUGUGGUGGACUUGACAGAUGAUAUUUCACCAUCCUAUGAUUACCAAACAAAAUGUUCUUACAAUUUAGAGGCAGCCAUUGAAAGGCAGAGUGUGUUCUAUUAUCAGGUAUCCCUCCCCCAUUAUAGAUCCUGGACCUUCUUAGAGAAGGCUGUUCAGCGUUACAAAAUGUUUUUGUAUUUGAAACAACAAAAUCCUUAUGUCUUUCUUGUCCCCUGCUAUGACAUUGACCUUGUCUGGCAUGCACACCAGGUACAUCCAAACAUCUACCAAAUAGACACAGUCAACAUAUUGAGAAAAAUGCUAAACCAUGAUGAUACUGUUAAUGAUCGCAGCGAGGGAUCCAAGCUUGACAGAGCAAAUAAACUGACACGAAGACUUUGGCAGGCUUUAUAUGGUGUAAGCAUUGCACAACCUGGAUGUAUGUUCCGUGGUUCUCCACCAGAGGGGAAGAUUGUUGCCAUGACGACUGCACAGGUCAGCAGUAUCACCUCCAAACACACUCAUGUCACCAUCACAAAGGCAGAUGCCAUCAACGUACCACCUAGCACCAGAGAAGGGAAAGUCAAAAUUUUCCUCUGUAAGCUUUCUUUACCCCUUGGACCCUCAAAAAAGGUCUUCAAGAGAGCAUGCAAGCACAUUGUGUCAUUUAAAAUACCGUCUGGCAGCUUUAAGGGGAAGCGUUUUUUCUAUGACACAGGGAAGCACCCAUACCUUAUUCUCCAGGCCAUUGACACAACAAGGACAUGGUGUGGCUGUGGUGGGGAGGAGAUUGGGCUCAGUCAGCACCUUCUGGCAUAUCUUGUAGAGGAGCACCUAGGGAAGUACCACCAUUUUUCUCUGACUGUUAGGUUUCCAGAAGAGUUGAACGUCCAGCUUAAGAUGCACAUUGGUCAGCUCCAGCGAGGCCCAGCUAUCCUACAUGUAGUGGCUGACAAAUUUGUUAAGGCUGUGAUGCCAGAGAACCUCGAGUCCAUGUGGGGUCCCACACCACUGACUUUACUGCCCUCUGGUGUAAAGAAUGCAUGUGUGGUGGCAUCACAUAGGAUAUUCAAUCACAUUGAGAAACUGUGCUUCAUUUGUCGUAUAAUUCACUGUGAAUCACUGUUGAUGUCUGCAGUGCAGGUAUUCUAUGAGAACAAAAUGGUCGCUUUGGGUCACCUCAUUGACACCGACCAGUUACCAGACAAAUUACAGUUGGAAAGUGGUAAAAGUGGGUGUUGUAUUCUGAAUACAGACAAUGCUGAGAGGGCAAUACAGAUCAAGAAUGCACGCGGGGACUGGGCCAUAGUGAAAGGGAAGUGGGAGGGUUAUGUGAAAGGAAUUCCAGGAGUACCUGGUGUCCCUGGUGAGCCAGGCAUUCCUGGUGUGAGGGGCACUCCUGGUCGCCGUGGGAAAACAGGUCACCUGACGGUCAUGUGCUAUGAUUUGGUCCAUGGCCAGAAGAAUCCGCCACCUGUUGUCCGAGUCCCAUCUUCUGGAACCUUUGAUUUCAGGGUUAGAGAUGUCAGCGUAAACAUGGAGAACAGUCAGAUCAUGAUCAGUGCAGGGACUAAAGAUGUUGCUGAGCACCUGGCACUAGCUUUUUCUGUGUCCAUGCUUCACGUGAUGUGCCAACCCCGCCCCUACCUAAGGAGUGCCGUUGAUUCACAGGAGAUUCGACCACCAGAAAAAGCCAAACUUAAAAACAUGAAGUACCAGGAUCUAUCUUUUCUGGUUUCUGCGGGUUUCUUGACUACAACCCCUUGCAACCCCUAUAUCAAGAACCAUGUUAACAGUGGGAGGUGUGCUGGCUGUUGUGGGAGGGAGGAAGGUGGGGCUUGUGGAGGGUGUGGAGGGUGUGGGGGCUGUGGUGGGUGUGGUGGGUGUGGGGCAUGUGGGGGUUGUGGGGGAUGUGGGGGUUGUGGGGGAUGUGGGGGAUAG